UAUUUCAGUUGUCUCAGCUGUAACCAUAUCUACUUCAUAUCUUCCUUCUACAACAGAUUCUCUUGCUAAGGCUUUAGAGACAACAAAUUUAUCAGAGGCCAUUUCCAUGCUUUACCGUGUACUUGAGGAUCCUUCAUCAACUUCAGAAGCUCUGCGCAUUAAGGAACAGGCUAUCACAAAUCUUUCUGACCUUCUCUGGCAAGAGAACAGAGCUGAGGAUCUUCGUUGUCUUCUUACUCAGUUAAGACCUUUCUUUUCUCUGAUUCCCAAGGCUAAAACUGCCAAGAUUGUCAGAGGAAUUAUUGAUGCUGUUGCCAAAAUACCUGGAAUGUCUGAUCUUCAAAUUGCUCUUUGCAAGGAAAUGGUCCAGUGGACAAGAGCUGAGAAGGGUACUUUCCUAAGGCAGAGAGUUGAGGCAAGACUUGCAGCUCUUUUGAUGGAAAACAAGGAGUAUUCAGAAGCUCUGACCCUUCUAACUGGUUUGGUGAAAGAGGUGAGGAGAUUUGAUGACAAACUGCUACUUGUGGACAUAGAUUUACUAGAGAGUAAGCUGCACUUUUCAUUGAGAAAUCUUCCCAAGGCAAAAGCUGCACUGACAGCUGCAAGGACGGCUGCAAAUGCUAUUUAUGUACCUCCAGCUCAACAAGGCACCGUAGAUUUGCAAAGUGGAUUUCUUCAUGCUGAAGAAAGAGACUACAAAACUGCCUAUAGUUAUUUCUUUGAAGCAUUUGAGUCUUUCAAUGCUCUUGAAGAUCCAAGGGCAGUGUUCAGUCUGAAAUACAUGCUGCUGUGCAAAAUUAUGGUCAGCCAAGCUGAUGAUGUAGCUGGGAUAAUAUCUUCAAAGGCAGGACUGCAGUAUGUGGGGCCAGAAUUGGAUGCCAUGAAAGCGGUUGCUGAUGCUCAUUCUAAGAGGUCCUUGAAGUUGUUUGAAACUGCUCUGUGCGAUUACAAGGCCCAACUGGAGGAAGACCCAAUUGUACACAGGCACCUGUCAUCCCUCUACGACACCCUUCUGGAACAAAAUCUAUGUAGGUUGAUAGAGCCUUUCUCAAGGGUCGAGAUUGCUCACAUCGCAGAGCUGAUAGAGUUGCCAAUUGAACACGUGGAGAAAAAGUUAUCUCAGAUGAUUCUGGACAAGAAAUUUGCAGGUACCUUAGAUCAGGGUGUUGGAUGCCUUAUCAUAUUUGAAGAUCCAAAGGCUGAUGGCAUCUACUCUGCCACAUUAGAGACCAUUGCGAACAUGGGGAAGGUGGUGGACAGCCUCUAUGUCAGGUCUGCCAAGAUCAUGGCAUAA